GGAGCCGGCGGCCGCCCAACAUGACGGAUACGGCCUGGUGAAAACAGAAGAUCCCAGAAGGAGCGUCAGUGCUGCUCUUCUGAUCCCAGACAGACACGUCAAUGGAGAAACCGGCUCAGAAAUGAGAGCUGUUCCCAGCAGAACCUCUCCCGCCGUCAGCUUCCUGGCCUGGACGGCUCCUCGGGGGGACCUGGACCCCCCGAUGGAGGAGAGUCUGCCCGACGACGCCUUCGUCUUACAGCGAAAACACGGCAGCUUCAAAGACUACGUGGGCGGCAAAACCGAGGCAGGCAAAGCUGUGAUACCGGCCGCCAUCUUAGCUGGUUACACCGGCAGCGGCCCCAUCCAGCUGUGGCAGUUUCUUCUGGAGCUUCUGACCGACCGCAGCUGUCAGUCCUGCAUCAGCUGGACUGGAGAUGGAUGGGAGUUCAAGCUAACAGACCCUGACGAGGUGGCUCUGCUUUGGGGAAAGAGGAAAAACAAACCCAAGAUGAACUAUGAGAAACUGAGCCGAGGCCUACGCUACUACUACGACAAAAACAUCAUCCGCAAGACGGCGGGAAAGCGCUAUGUCUACCGCUUUGUCUGCAACUUGCAGGGCCUGCUGGGAUACGAGCCUGGGGAGCUGCACGCCAUGUUGGACAUCAACAGUAAAACACGCUCAGAGCGAGAAUAAACAGAGACGGAGACCAAGAACUAUUUUUUAUACGAUUAUAGGAUCCAGAA